AUGGCUCCUCGACGCAGAAACAACAAGCAGAAGCCGAAGCAAAAGAUGCCAGGUCUAACCGUUGACGCCUCUCCACAAGUCCAAGUCCAGCCUCAAGGCCAAGUCCAAACCCAUACGGCCACAAACUCACGCGCAUCAUCGCCCGUGCAGCCUCCCUACUCCCCCAUAACGCCUACUCUCAGCCCGGCACACCUCGCCGCGCCGAGCACAUCCUCGUCCUCAUUCCUUGACAAUGGCCACCCUAAUACUACACCCGCCACAACACCAGCACCUCCUAGACGUACCUAUACCCAUACGCAACCUCCUCAGGCGGCGAUCCCACAGCCUGCGCCCGUGCCCAUAGCACUCGACGAGAACCCCGAUGCGAUAGCGCUUAAAUCCGCAAUCGCCAUACUACAAUUACAGGCCCGGAAUGCGACAAGCGAUAUUAGGACCUUGCAGCAAGUAAAAGAGCGAGCACUGCAAGACCCGGAAGGAUUUACGGAGGCGUUGGUAAAAGGAGAACUCAAGUCCAAGGGCGAUAAGCUCUUUAACCCUUCACCGGAUGAUGAUGAUAGCGACGAGGAUGAAGAGCACGAGCAAGGGGAUAAUAAGACGAAAAUGGAUGUAGACCAAGGUGAAAGAAAGGGAACUGGCAAGCGCUCGUGGCCUGCUCUUCCGACGCCUCAGAAUAUCGUCCGAUGUGCGCCGAUAAACUGGACUCAGUACGCCGUUGUGGGCGAGUCCCUUGAUAAGCUACAUAAGGAACAACAGGCACGGCCGUCGGAAGGAAUGCCACAGCAGGUGGGCCCGGAUGGGCAGCUUUUGUUUGGCGGCGAGGGCCAGAGGAGGGUGUCGGAUAUGGGAGUUGCAGCCCCCUAUCAACCUGGUAGGGACAAGAUCGAUAAGACCAGUGCGAAGGUCCCCAAAAAAACUGGGACUAAAUGA